CUUAGCUACUCUUAUUGUGAACUAAGUGUAAUUGAGAAAAGAAAUACAAUAUACCUUGGAUGUUGAGACCACCAUUUAUAUGUGAGAUUGGGCAUACUAAGGUUAUUCCUGAAAGUGCCUAAAAAUUUAGUAUCUUUCCUAUUAGGCGCCAAAAUGUUGGCAUAUGAUUCAAACCACUUUUUAAUCCAUAUCAUGUAGAAUAUUUAACUACCCUCUGUAUCUUAUUCUCUUUUUUUCUCCAAACAGCCGCUUCUUGCAAUGCAGAGGACCGUUCGCCAAAAGAAGGCAUCCAUUAGUCGACUCAUCCGUGAUCUCAGAAAUAAGGCGGUGCCUCGAUGAAGGCAUUGAAUUCCAAGGUGAGCUGUUGAACUUCAGAAAAGAUGGGUCACCCUUAAUGAACAGGUUGCGCCUCACUCCCAUAUAUGGUGAGGACGACAUAAUCACUCACGUCAUCGGGAUUCAGUUCUUCACCGAAGCAGCAAACAUUGACCUCGGCCCGGUACCUGGUUCAGUUAAGGUUUCAGCUAAACUUACUGACCACCUUGGUUCUCGACUCUCCACCUACUGCCCAGCCGAUCGAUCUGUUUGCCGCAGUGGACUUUGUGGCAUGCUGCAGCUGAGUGAUGAGGUGAUAUCUCUGAAGAUUCUAUCUCGGUUGACUCCUCGAGACAUUGCGUCGGUUGGUUCGGUUUCUCGACGGUUCUAUGAGCUGACCAAGAAUGAGGACCUCUGGAGAAUGGUCUGCCAGAAUGCAUGGGGAUGCGAGACAACUCGGAUACUGGAAGCUGUUCCAGGCGCGAAAAGACUUGGGUGGGGUCGGCUUGCCCGAGAACUAACCACCCUUGAAGCAGCGGCAUGGAGAAAGGUUACCGUCGGUGGUUCUGUUGAGCCUUCACGCUGCAAUUUCAGUGCAUGCGCAGUGGGGAACCGGGUGGUCCUUUUCGGAGGGGAAGGUGUCAACAUGCAGCCAAUGAACGACACGUUCGUACUAGAUCUCAACGCCAGCAACCCGGAGUGGGAACAUGUCCAUGUCAGCUCCCCACCACCUGGACGGUGGGGCCACACGAUAUCUUGCGUCGAUGGAUCUAAUCUAGUAGUCUUUGGAGGCUGCGGAAGGCAGGGUUUGCUCAAUGAUGUCUUCGUAUUGGAUUUGGAUGCCAAGCCACCAACUUGGCGGGAGAUCUCGGGGCUAGCUCCGCCGCUGCCACGAUCAUGGCACAGCUCAUGCACCCUUGAUGGCACAAAGCUGAUCGUCUCUGGUGGGUGUGCUGACUCGGGAGUUCUCCUUAGCGACACAUUUCUUUUAGACCUCUCGAUGGAGAAGCCCACUUGGAGAGAGAUACCAGCUGCGUGGACCCCGCCUUCUCGAUUGGGCCACACAUUGUCAGUCUAUGGGGGGAGGAAGAUACUGAUGUUCGGCGGGCUGGCAAAGAGUGGGCCCCUGAGGUUUCGUUCCAGCGAUGUGUUCACGAUGGAUUUGAGCGAGGAGGAGCCAUGUUGGAGAUGUGUGACAGGGAGUGGCAUGCCUGGGGCAGGGAACCCGGGAGGGGUGGCGCCCCCUCCUAGACUUGACCACGUAGCAGUCAGUCUUCCCGGUGGGAGGAUCCUCAUCUUUGGAGGCUCCGUGGCGGGCCUUCAUUCAGCUUCCCAGCUCUAUCUGUUAGAUCCAACGGAGGAGAAACCAACAUGGAGGAUUCUGAAUGUGCCUGGACGGCCACCAAGGUUUGCAUGGGGGCAUAGUACUUGUGUGGUUGGAGGGACGAGGGCUAUAGUGCUCGGUGGUCAGACCGGGGAGGAAUGGAUGCUUAGUGAGUUGCAUGAACUGGCAUUAGCAAGUUCAGUGAUUUGAUUCGGACUACAGGAACCAUGUAUGUACAUGCAGGAACAAUCGAUCAAGUGAACAAGCUGUAUUGGCCAUAGUGUGUUGAAUACUCAGGAUUGCAGAAAAGGGUUCAAAGUUGAGGACUUAGGCAUCUGAAUUCAGUGAUAGUUCCUUGAUUGACUGAAGAAAAUAUGGUGUUGUGACUGUCUAGUCAAAAGGAAUGUUGUGUAAUGGAGAACAAAGGGUUUGUCUGGAAAUGAGUGCCUCAUGCAUUGUGUUGUAAGAAAGAGUUUGUGGGGUAUUUAAGUAAAUUCCAGGUCUGGGUUUAGGGAGGUUAGAGGGGAGGGGUUUGGGGUAGGGAGUGAUAGUUGUAUCAAUAUAUGUGUAGGAAGAAGAAAUGGAGGAAGUCUCUUCUUUUCGUUUUUGUUUUUGCUUUUGUUCUUACUCUUCUGCUGCUUCUAUGUUUAUGUAACCUCUGCCUCUUGGGUUCUCUUUUUUCUUCGUCUUUCUUCUUCUAGUUAGUAGUUCUUUGAUGUGGUCUCUGACCUGAUCAUCUGAACCAAAAGAAAACAAAAGGGUACAAAGAAAAACUGCAAAAGUGAAUGCCUUUAUACGAAGAAAUAACUUGCAGGCUCUAAUUUUGCUACUGCUGUUUACCUCUUGUGUCUUUGUAGCACGCUGCAGAUUGGAUUUUCUUCUAAAUUGAGAGGCAUGGAUCAGAUAUUGCACCUGUUGUUGUGAAUUGUGAAUGUGCUAUAUAGAAUAUAACAUGUUACCAGGG